CUCCUGCGCUCGGUUGUGCGCGCCUUCUACCGCGACAGAGAAGCCUACGACAUGCGCCACAUCCUCAUCGUCGACGCCCUGGUGAUGCACUCGGCGCUCCGAGACGACGACCUCGGCUACCUCAUGUCCAUGAACCUCAAGGACCUCCACAAGAUCUGCGCGACUCUCAAGGAGCAGCGCUUCAUCGCCCAGCACGUGCGCCCCGAGAUCAAGGAGGGCCAGACGAAGCCGAGCAACCGGACAUACUACUACAUCGACUACCGGCAGGCGAUAGACGGAAUCAAGUGGAGGGCAUACACCGUCGACAAGGCGGUACAAGGAAACGCGGUGCCGGCGCAGGAGAAGAAGGAGUACUUCUGCAGGCGCUGCAAGUCGGAAUGGACGCAGAUGGAGGUGCUGGACAACGUCACGGCUGCCGGCUUCAUAUGCCACAGGUGCGCGUACGUGCUCGAGUAUGACCCCGAGCGGCAGGCCGGUGGUCACGAGCAGUCCACGCGGCUGAACAACCAGCUCAAGUUCAUCACCGAGCUGCUGCCGCGCCUGGAUGAGGUCGUCAUCCCAGAUAACACAUUCGAGGUCGCCCACUCGCACGCGCGGCCUGUCGAGCGCGACCGCACUAAUCAGGUCGCCAAGUCGACCGUCGUGGAGAGCGCCAAACCGACAGCAGUCCGGGGUAUGGCUAAUACAGGACCGCGCGACCUCACCAUCAGCAUUACGGAUCAGGAGAACAUCACGGAAGAGGAAGCCCAGGCAGAGCUCGAGCGCCAGAGGAAGAUCAAGGAGGCAAACGCCCUCCCCGUGUGGCACGUGCAGAGCACCGUCACGGGU